UUCUACUGUCUACAGAACAUCAAGUCCAUCCCCCGACAAAUCCGGCAAUAUCGUCUCCAGAACCGGUGGAUCCACAACCAUAACGAGAAACCAUUUUGUCAAAGCCUCCCCCUUCAUUGGACGGCGACAUCUAUCGCUCGCUCGGCUCCGAUCUUCUCCACGUUGAUAAGGAUAAGGAAUGUUUGCCGACAGACGAUAUUAAACGAGGAUUCCCAGAAGUACAGUACACUCACCCACCAUGGACGACUCCACCUCCGGCCCCCCCAUCGACCUCCCCAUCAUCGACAUCUCGAACCCCGACGACCCCGCCGUGGGAAAGGCGAUGCUGGACGCUGCGGCCAAGUAUGGCUUUUUGUAUGUGAACAGCCAGGGGACGGAUUUUACGCCUGGGGAUGUGGAAAGGGCGUUUGGUUUGUCGAAAGAGUUCUUCAUGUCGCCGGUAGACGAGAAGGCGAGUUGUCGCAUUGAGCCGAAUAAUCGCGGCUGGUCCGGUAUGCAUGUGGAAACUUUGGAUCCGGAGCAUCAGCGGACGGGCGAUUUCAAAGAAGGCUUCAACUUCGGCGAAUUCCGCCACGGCAAAGCCCAACAACCCCUCCCUCCAUCCCUCGCCUCGCACGAGUCCGAAAUCAACCACUUCGCGACCCUCUGCCACAAGACAUGCGAUCGGAUCCUCAAGCUCCUGGCCCUAGGUCUGCAGAUCCCCAACGACUUCUUCACAACCCGCCAUGACCCCACCCACGGCUCGACGGGCAGCAUCCUGCGCUAUCUGUACUACCCGUCGAUAUUCUCGCCCGCGACGUCAUCAUACAAACACGACCAGGACGUGCGCGCAGGAGCACACUCCGACUACGGAAGUAUCACGCUUCUCUUCCAGCGGCCCGGCCAGCCGGGUCUUGAGAUUCUGACGCCCGAGAAGACGUGGGCCCCGGUGCCGGUGCAGCCGGGGGUGAGUACCGCCGACGACCUCUCCUCCCCUUUCUCCGCCGCCUCGACGGAGGGGGCAGAGAAAGGGAAGGGGGAGGAGGAGGAGGAGGAGGAGGAGUUUGUCUUCCCGCCGAUCCUGGUGAAUAUCGGGGACUUGCUGAGUUAUUGGACGGAUGGGUUGCUCAAGUCGACGGUGCAUCGGGUUGUGUUUCCCUUGGCGGAGCAGCGGAGUCCGAAUCCCCGGGACCGAUAUAGUAUUGUUUUCUUUUGCCAUCCGUUGAACGAUACGGAGUUGGUGCCUGUUCCGAGCCAGGUGGUGACUACGUAUCGCAAGCGGUGCGAGGAGACGGGGACGUACGACGAGAAGGUCGGGUUUGGCGGCGGCGCUGGCCAGUUGGAGCCGGGGAAGCGCGCGCUGACGGCCUUCGAGCAUCUGGAGUCGCGAUUGGCGGCGACGUACGGCUUCAAGAAAGAAGAGUCGUAACAAACGUCUGUUAGGGCUUGUUUUACGGUAUAAAAUUCAUAAAUGAGGUGAACCGUUAACGUAACAGGCCAAGGCCUGACUAUUCAAUUCGUCACAGAUAGAAG